GGGUGCUAGACUGGUCUCAUCGGCCGGCGGAAAUCGGCUCGUCUCGUCCUGGAUCUGCCGCCGGGUGCUAAGCUCGCCGCCAGGCCGCCAGGCAUGGCGCGGGCGGAGAAGCGCGCCGGAAGCACGGAGGCAGCGGCGGCGAGGCCGUCCGGGUUGGCCGACCGGAGGCCGCUCCACUUCGCCGCCUUUCUGGUGCUCGCCGACGCCGCGCUCGUCGCCCUCAUCAUCGCCUUCGUCCCGUACACCAAGAUCGACUGGAACGCCUACAUGUCUCAGGUGGAUGCUUUCCUGGAGGGGGAGAGGGACUUCACCAAGAUCGAGGGGGACACCGGGCCGUUGGUCUACCCGGCCGGCUUCCUCUACGUCUACUCCGGCAUUAAGUUCAUCACCGGCGGCCAAGUCUUCCCUGCUCAGAUUUUGUUCGGCGUCCUGUACAUUGUGAACCUGAGCCUUGUUCUGUUGCUUUACGUCAAGACUGAAGUGCUUCCAUGGUGGGCUUUAAGCUUGCUUUGCUUGUCCAAGAGAGUCCACUCUGUCUUUGUGCUCCGCCUUUUCAACGAUUGCUUCGCUACGACAUUGCUCCAUGCUGCCAUGGUUUUGAUUAUGUAUCACAAGUGGUUCCUUGGUCUAAUAGUUUUCAGUGGGGCUGUCUCGAUUAAGAUGAAUGUCCUUCUUUUUGCUCCAUCUUUGCUUCUACUGAUGUUGAAGGCCAUGAGCAUCAAAGGAGUCUUCUUUGCCUUGUUAGGAGCUGCUGUAGUACAGGUUUUGUUGGGUAUGCCAUUCUUGCUGCCACAUCCAGUUGAGUACAUCUCAAGGGCAUUCAAUCUUGGUCGUGUCUUCAUCCAUUUCUGGUCUGUCAACUUCAAAUUUGUCCCUGAGAAGUUGUUUGUAUCAAAAGAGCUUGCUGUUGCGUUACUGAUUCUUCACCUCACUACCCUUAUGGUAUUUGCACACUACAAGUGGUUAAAACAUGAAGGAGGCCUAUUCGGUUUCUUGCAUUCGAGAUUUAAAGAUGCUACAUCAAUUCAACAGUUUAUUUCCUGCAAGCCCAGACCAUCAACUCUCAGUAAAGAACAUAUUGUAACAGUUAUGUUUGUUGGCAACUUCAUCGGCAUUGUGUGUGCCCGAUCAUUACAUUACCAAUUCUAUUCCUGGUACUUCUAUUCAUUGCCUUUUCUUUUGUGGAAAACACAUUUUUCAACGCCUUUGAGGAUCAUUUUAUUUCUCGGUGUGGAGCUUUGCUGGAAUAUUUAUCCUUCUACUGCCUAUUCAUCACUGUUUUUGCUAUUUUUGCACAUCUCCAUUAUGUUUGGCAUAUGGUUUUCACCUACUGAGUACCCUUGUGUCAAUAAAAGGACACAAGGAACAUAACAAGCUGGGCAAGACAAUUGCAAGGUUUCCCUGCAGGAUUGUUUAAUCUUAGCAGUAGUCUUUUUUUUUUUGUACUGAUACAAACAACAUCAAGGGCUUCUGGAAAUCCAGAGAUGUAUUUUGGCAUACCAAUACUCUCAGCAUGAGUUGGCCCAAGAUUUCUAUAGUAGCAUCUAGAUAUACCAAAUAUGUAACAUGCGUAACUUCUUGACAUAUAUGAAAACAGAUUCUCUAGGACUUACUA